AACCCUCAACUUGAUUAGCCACCACAACGAGAUUUAACAAGAAGAGACUGUUAGAUCCAGUAAAAGGAAACCUACAUACAUUCACGAAAUAGACCAAUUAGAGGUAAAGGACAUAACCAUACAAGUCAACAAGUUUCAUGAUUGGAGUAAUAAGCAAUUUAUUUAAAUUAAAAAAAAGGUUGAAAGAGUAGCAACCGUUGAUUAGUCUUCCUUUGUCCCUGAGAGACGACUUCAAUCUUCAACUGCUCCUCUUGUUCCUUCUUCUUUCAGGAAGAAAGGGCACAGAAGCUAUGGAAUCUCCUAUGAGAUUCAAUCUCCGAACAGCAUUCUCCAUCAUCUUCCUCACCUUUCUUCCUCUGAAUCUCAAAACUCAAGAAGUCUUUGAUCCUUCUCAAGAUCACUCACUGAUCCAAUCCGAAGCUUCUUGGAACCGUCGCAGCCUGGCAGAGACACCACCUCUUCCGGGCAAAGAUCCUGCUGUGGGUGCCUCCCCUCCAUCUCCUGAUCAAGCAUUUGAAGGCUCCACAAAACCACCUCCAGCACCAGAAACUCAAACACCACCAGGAGGAGAUGGAACCCCAAGCCCUCCUCCUAGUAGUGUCAGGACAGCACAAACCCCAAACCCACCUUCUGAUCCUCCACAACUUCUGUCUCCACCUCCAAGGACUAAAAAGACUAUUAAUAUUUCUAUGAUCGUGGGCAUAGUCGUUGGCGUGUUCACAGUCUCGGUGGCAUUAAUCAUCUUCUUUCUUAUCCACACCCGAAAAAUUCCAAUCAAGCCUUGGACCAGCAGUGGCCAGCUUCAAAAUCCUCUUAUCACAGAUGUUCCGAGGCAGCAGCUAUCAGAGCUACAAGCAGCAUGUGAAGACUUCAGUAACAUCAUUGGCUCUUUCUCAGACGGUACCAUCUAUAAAGGGACUUUAUCCACUGGUGCUGAAAUCGCUGUUGUCUCCAUUGCGGCUGGUUCUCGUGCAAACUGGUCUACCGAUAUGGAAAUACAGCUGCUACAAAAGAUUCGUAAGUUAGCAAAAGUAGAUCACAAGAACUUUCUGAAUGUGAUUGGGUAUUGCCAUGAGAACGAGCCCUUCCACAGAAUGCUUGUUUUCGAAUACGCUCCUAAUGGAUCACUCUCCGAGCAUCUGCACUCUCAACACACGGAGCACUUGGACUGGCCUACAAGACUCAGAAUCUUCAUGGGAAUAGCUUACUGUCUAGAGCACAUGCACAAUCUCAACCCACCCAUCUUGCACACCAACUUGGACUCCUCUUGUAUCUACUUAACCGAAGACAACGCCGCCAAAGUCUCAGACUUCUCCGUCCUCAACUUCAUCUCCCCCUCCAAAGAAUCCUCCUCGAGCAAGAACCUUUUAGAACACUCAACGCUUGAUCCACAAACCAACGUCUUAAACUUUGGCGCCGUUUUGUUUGAAAUCAUCAGCGGGAGGCUCCCAGACCCUGAUCCUUUGUUUCUUGAACCCAAGCCGGCGAGAGAACUUGUAGACCCGACCCUGAAAACGUUUCAGGAGGAUGUUGCUGAGAGGUUGUUGGGAGUGGUUAGGCAGUGUAUGAAUCCAUACUCAGCUCAAAGGCCAACAAUGAGAAAGGUUGCGGUGAAGUUGAGAGAGAUCACCGGAAUAGAAGCUGAUGCAGCACUGCCUAGGCUAUCUCCACGGUGGUGGACUGAGAUGGAGAUCAUAACCACAGAUGGAAACUAAAGACAAAGGAGCCUGCCCUUUAGGU